AUGCGGGAUGGAUGUCCCAUACAGCCUCUGGGUGUGAGGAGCAGCAGCCUGGUGGGCCAGAGCCGGACGGUGGAGGCUGCAGGGAAGAGGGGAGCAGGUGGGAUCGGAGGAGCCAACAAAGGAGAGAGAACGGGGACAGCGGCUGCCGUGGCCCCUGCCGGCCACUACCGCUCGGCUGGCCUCCACACUGUCCGUGCUGGGGGGCAGAGGUCACACAUCAAAGCGCUUUGUCCUGGCACGCGCUCCGUGGCUCACCUGACCCUUACCUUCCGGGAGCAGGCCAGCUGUGCUCUGGAGAAAGAUGAAGCCGAAGCAUAA